CCAGGAAACUUUUUUUGGGGAGACGGUCCGAAACACUCAAUCGCCCUUCAUUUUUUUUAUCUUUUCACUCAUUUAUUGACGCAUUUGAAUGGUCGCCGGCCGACCUCCUCAAGAUAUUUUCGUUACGAAGACUAAAUACAUUGAGCUUUUGCAAUGGACACUGCCGGGAAUGGCGAAGAUUCUCGCGAUAUCACACCCUCUGAUUUGAGUUCCUUGACGUUGCAGGAGGCCAGUUUAUCCGACAUCACGCCCACAACAACACCCUCUGUGGCCUCUUCUACUGUCCCCUCCGGGACAGCUACGCCCUCCGAUGAUUCCAUACCUCCACAUCGAUCUCACGAUCGUCGCAACAACUUGAAACGGAGUGAUCCGUUCAAGUUCGGCUCUCGCUACCUGGAACAGGGCGAUGAUGUUUUUGAGUUCAACGCAUGGGAUAAUGUAGAGACGGAUGAUACUUACAAGGAGUUCGCGGAGGUGCAAUAUGCAAAGCAAAGGGAAUCCCCCGUGUCGGACUUUGACAAGCACCGAUUCAACUCGGACCCCGCAAAAUGGUGGAACCUCUUCUAUCGCAACAACACUGCAAACUUUUUCAAGAAUCGAAAAUGGCUACAAAAUGAGUUCCCCGUCCUUUCGACAGUCACGCAACCGGACUCGCCGCCUACGACACUUCUGGAAGUUGGCGCUGGUGCCGGAAACACUGCAUUCCCCAUACUGUCCCAUAACCGCAACCCAAAGUUGAAGAUUCAUGCAUGCGACUUCUCGAAGAAUGCUGUCGAGGUGAUACGGGCUGAUUCUCAGUAUAACGAAGAGUAUAUCCGGGCCGAUGUUUGGGACAUCGCAGGGACCGGAGAGGCCGCCCUGCCGCCGGGCUUAAAGGAAGGCUCCGUCGAUAUUGUCAUGAUGAUCUUUAUUUUCUCCGCAUUGUCCCCACGCCAAUGGAACCAAGCUGUCAAGAACAUCUUUAAAGUUUUAAAGCCUGGCGGACAGGUCUUGUUUCGCGACUAUGGACGCGGUGAUUUGGCCCAGGUUAGAUUCAAGAAAGGAAGAUAUCUCGAAGAAAAUUUCUAUAUUCGGGGCGACGGCACUAGAGUAUACUUUUUCGAGAAGGAGGAGUUACAGCAAAUAUGGGAGCACGGUUGUCUGCCGGAUGAAGAACAAGCGGAGGGUGAACAAGAUACCGACAAACCAAGCACGACACCAAGUGCGUUUUUUGAGACUGCAAAUCUAGGCAUUGAUCGCCGGCUCUUGGUCAAUCGGAAGCGACAACUCAAAAUGUAUCGAUGCUGGAUUCAAGGACGCUUUCUCAAGCCUAUUGAAUCAUCAAGUACAUAGACUAGUCAAACCUAGGAAAUUCACUGACUAAACGGAGAUCUGUUCGACGAGACACAUCAUCCCAGCAUUGGAAAGCUUGUCAAGCAAUAGACACCGUGUUUCAAGCCAAGGAGGGACUAGCUUGAACUAUAGAUGACAUGUUGCAAAUACUGUGAGGUCUUCUCCAGCAUCGCUAAACACUGAGUCAUCGUCAUACUUAGUUGACUUGAGGUAAUGGAGCUAGAUAAGAUGGAAAUAUCAGGAGCGAUGGAAUAAUUCACUUCUGGCCUAGUUAUAAUUACUACUUUAAAUAGUGAAGGAUUCACGAUUAUAUUUGUAUAUAUACAGGCUUGACCCCCAAG